CCGCACCGUUCUGCGCACUAGUGGCGGGGCUUCUCUCCCGCGUCUGCUGUGGUAGACGUUUCUCUGGAUUUCCUGAGCACUCUGUGUGUUUCACGCCUGUGGGAUUAGACUGUGCAGAAGAGGAAGGUUCGUCUGUCUUUUUGAGGACGAGUGGACAAGAAUGAAGCAGAUUCCUGUAGAGAGACCCCAGACUGUGUUGGAGUGAGAUGCACUGACUCCUGGCAAACUGCAGCACUCCCUGUCAUCCUCCGCUCUCCUUCGAGGCUUUGGCCAGUCAUGCGGUUGCUACGGAAAAUCCUCCUCCUUUUAGGCACUUGCCUUCAUAUGAGCUGCAAGUAUCAGAGUAAUGCCUUGGACAUUCCACUUGAAGUGGAGCAGCUGCCCACAAUUACAGAGUACUCACCUGCCUCUCUGAUCGCCUUCCCUUUCGAAGAGAACUUUCCUAUGAAGUGUGAGGCCACAGGAAACCCUGGACCGGAAUUCAGGUGGACAAAGAAUGGUCAAGACUUUGAUCCUUAUCAGGACCUCAGAUUGAUAACAUUAGAUGAUUCCGGAACAUUCAUCAUUCCCAAUAAUGGGAAUCUGACAGAAUUCCAGGGCAAUUAUCGCUGCUUUGCAACCAACAAGUUAGGAACGGCCAUGUCGGAAGAGAUUGAAUUCGUUGUUCCGAAUGUUCCGAAGUUCCCUAAAGAGAUCAUCGAUCCGAUUGAGGUUAUGGAAGGUCAGUCAGUCAUUCUGGAGUGCAAUCCACCUAAAGGAAUCCCCCCGCUGGAAAUCUACUGGAUGACAAUACGUCUACAGCACAUCGAGCUGGACGAGAGAGUAUCAGUGGGUCUGAACGGGAACCUGUACUUCUCAAACGCCAUCAAGUCGGACAGUCGCAGAGAUUACUGCUGCUUUGCUGCCUUCCCCCGCAUACGAACCAUCGUCCAGAAAACCGCCAUGUCUGUCAUGGUCAAAAGCACAAACUCUCUCUUGGAGAGGAAGCCCAGUCUACUGACGCCCACAGGAAAGGAGUCACAUACAUAUCUGAUGAAAGGCGAAGAUCUUCAGUUGGAGUGUAUUGCAGAGGGCUUCCCCACACCAAAGGUGGAGUGGGCUAAAAUAGGCUACCACGAGCUUCCAGAAAGAGCCGAGGUGGAGAGUCAUGGGAAGUUGCUUACUGUAGAGAUGGUGAAUGAGGAGGAUGAAGGGAAAUAUAUGUGCAGAGCCAAAAAUCCCCAUGGAGAGGUUGUGCAUUAUUUUCAUGUUACAGUAGAGGAGCCUCCUGAAUUUGAGAUUGAACCUCAAAGUCAAUUGGUGACAAUUGGAGCUGAUGUGGUGAUCAAGUGUGUUGUGAAAGGAAAUCCUCAACCUAGUGUUGCAUGGAGGGUCAAUGGCCAACCUCUGAACGAUGUCCCAACAUCCAAUAGGAAAGUCUUAAAAGAUGGCACCAUUUCCAUCCACAACGCAAAGCCUGAAAACAGCGCUGUUUACCAGUGUGAGGCCACAAACAGACACGGCACCAUCCUAGCCAAUGCCAACAUCAUGAUUAUGAACAUCCAGCCCCUGAUCUUAACAGAAAACAAUCUGCAAUAUAUGGCAGUGGAGGGGAAAGGUGUGGUCAUGCACUGUAAGGUCUUCAGCUCACCAGCAUCCAGUAUAACAUGGAGUAAAACUGACAGUGCCAAUUCAGUGGAAGGAGAAAGGUUUUCUGUUCAUAAGAAUGGUUCGCUGGAGAUCCACAACGUGAUGAAAGAGGACAUGGGGGAGUAUUCUUGUUUUGCUCAAAACACUGAGGGCAAAGUUGCCAUUGCUGCAACACUUGAAGUCAAAGAUCCCACCAGAAUAGUCGAUCCUCCUCAUGAUUUGCGGGUUUUGGUCAGAACUACUAUCCAGUUUUCAUGCCAGGCAGAGUUUGAUCCCUCCAUUGGUGAUGACUUUGAGAUCCUCUGGGAAAAAGAUGGCAUGGCCCUCAAUGCCAGCGAGAACGCACGAUAUAUCCUGGACGAUGGAGUGCUUGAAAUCAUUAAUGUGAGCUUUGGAGACCAGGGCUUUUAUGCCUGUGUGGCCAGAACACCAGUCGACCAGGACAUGGCGGUUGCACAGCUUUCAGUUGUAGAUGUUCCUGAUCCACCAGAGGAUGUGAUCCUUUCCGAACAUAAUGGCAGAAGUGUGAAACUGCAGUGGAUUCCAGGAGAUGACCAUAACAGCUCCAUUACAGAGUUUGUUAUAGAGUUUGAGGAAAGCCAACAUGAGCCGGGCAGCUGGAGGGAGAUGAUGAGAGUACCGGGAAACCAUCACUCCGCUCUGCUAAAGCUUCACAGUCACGUGGACUACCGAUUUAGAGUCUAUGCCAUCAAUGAGGUGGGAAGAGGUCGGCCAAACCAGGCCACUGAAAGAUACAAAACUCCAGCAUCAGCACCCGACAAGAACCCAGAAAAUAUCAAGAUCGAAGGUCAUUUGCCUCAUGAAAUGGAUAUCAACUGGGAGCCACUGUCACCUAUUGAACACAACGGGCCUGGUCUGGAGUACAAAGUAAGCUACAGAAGACAAGGCACCGGAGAGGACUGGACGGAGCACAUGGUGAAGAGGCACUCAUUUCUGGUUAAAAACACCCCAACGUUCGUCCUUUACGAGAUCAAAAUUCAGGCCAAGAACCACGUGGGCUGGGGUCCGGACCCCAAAAUAAUAACAGCGUACUCAGGAGAGGAUUUCCCCUCGGCUGCUCCAGAGGAUGUAGCCGUAGACGUGAUGAACAACACCAUGAUGAAGGUCAGAUGGGACCAUGUUCGCAAGGACAAACUCAAUGGACAUCUGGGGGGCUACAGGAUAAGCUAUUGGAGGCUUCGUAGUCUGCUGGACUCAAAGAAAACACAUAGUGACAAACACACAUUGACAUUCUCAGGCGAGAGGAACCAUGCGGUGGUCACAGGGCUUAGGCCGUUCUCUGAAUUCAGCCUCAUUGUCAUGGCCUUUAACAGCAGAGGAAACGGGCCUGGCAGUCAUCCGGUCAGCUUCAAAACACCUGAGGGAGUUCCUGGUCAAAUAGCUGCUUUCAGUGUUACAAACAUCCAGAAACACAAGGUCACCUUGACCUGGUCUCCUCCGGUUGACGCAAAUGGAGUCAUAAUUGGCUUUAUCCUCCAAUAUCAGCUAAUAAAUGACACAGAGGAACUAGGUUCUCUGAUGACCCUCAACAUCUCUGCUGACAGCAAUAAGCUGCACCUCCAGGAUCUGGAAGCACUGAGCAAAUAUAAGUUUUACCUACGGUGUUGCACGCGGGUGGGCUGCGGACCAGCUGUCAGCGAGGAGCGCACCACUGUCCCCGAAGCGACUUCAACAGAUGUGGCCUCUUUCAACAUCAGAAAAUCCGGCUCACGAUUUCCUCCAAGAAAAACCACUGUUUCCCCUAUGGCUAAUGCUACUCUGUCUUCUAUAGCUUUGUUGAAUAUUAGCACCUCAGUUAGUCACAACUUUGCAAAUAUCAGCUGGAUUCCAGGCACAGAACAGACGGAGUCAGAGUUAUAUGUUGCCUUUAUGAACAACCGUGAAGGUAACUGGAAGAUUUCCGAUGCGCUAAAUUCUUCUAAGACUUUCCACAUCAUUGAAGGGCUCGAACCUGCGACUGAAUACACAGUGCGUCUUAUGACUAAAAGCUGGGUUGAUAAUUCUAGUAUUUUUGAAGACGUUAUCAGGACCAGUGCCAAAGGUCUGGCCAGUAUUCAUGGAGGCAUCUCCAACCAGGGCUGGUUCAUCGGGCUCAUGUGUGCCAUAGCUCUGCUCACCCUCAUUGUGCUCAUAGUGUGCUUUGUGAACCGAAAUAAAGGCGGAAAGUACUCAGUGAAAGAGAAAGAGGACCUGCACCCCGACUUGGAGUCCCAGGGCAUAAAUGAUGAUACCUUCUGUGAAUACAGCGAUAAUGAUGAGAAACCAUUGAAAAGCAGCCAGCAUUCGUUGAAUGGUGACCUGAAAGGAAGGGACAGCGGAGACAGCAUGGUGGACUACGGCGAUGAGGAUGCUCACUUCCACGAGGACGGCUCUUUUAUCGGAGAAUACUCCGGACGCAAAGAGAGGGUCUCCAUGGAAAUCAAGGGAAACAAUCAGAGCACAGCAUAAUGGUCCACGGACAAUUUAUUUGUUGGACAAGCUCUCACAAAAGGUCAGUCAAAAGGAAACGGAAGGAAAAAAGCACGGCAUAACGGCACCCGAAGGACAUUUUUGGAAUUAAUGUGUUAUUGUCAAACUCUCAGUCAUACUCGCAUCAUUUUACAAAGCUUAGUUUGUUUCGCGUGCUGUAACUGAUCAAUCAUGUCAGUUGUGUAUACUUUUGUGGGGUGUUUUUGUAUUAAAUCUUUGCAAAUCAUUGGUGACUUUGGAGCUGCCAGAAAGUUUGCUUUUUUUGUAAAUGCAAACUCUGUACACUGUGUUUGCUUUCUUCGUGUCAUCAUGUAGCCAAGCAAGUUUUAUGUCAGGGUAUGAACUCUGUAUUUUUAUUUUUCUUUCGAAGCAAAUAUUAUUGACAUUUUAUAAUUCAGAUACUGUAUACUGUGCAUUCAUUAAAUGUGGGUUAUAAUGUGUA